AUGGAUGUUCUCUCACCGACCACACAGGUGGAGUCCAUUCCUCUUGGGGAAUUGACUGUAAAGGUACCACCCACUAGUGCAAUGAUGUUCCAACCCGACAAAAGAAAGAAAAAAACAAACCAACUUCAUGAAAUUAGAGUCAAAGAAAGGCAAAUGAUCGAAACUCAAAGAAAGAAAUUAGCUUCAAAAAUUGAUCGUGGACUAGAACGAAAACGCUUAUCAUCAGCAUUCACUCAUGCAAGGAAAGAAGUAUCAAAUGUAAAUAAUGUGUUCAAUAUCAAAUCUCCGAGAGAUUUUUCAUCCUCAUCAAUGUCAAACAACAUUACAACCAAGGAAGACGAGGAAGAGCAAGAAGACGAUAUAUUAUUCGGACGAAAAUUUCAUUUUGUACAUAUUGUGGAGGAAGAUGUCACAAUUACAAAAGCAUGUAGCAGGGCUUCAACUGCAAAGACAUCUUCUCGAGAAAAACCUUUAAGUCAAACUUAUUUUGUUCCUUCACUUGUUGAACUUUGUGCCAGCGCUAUCGCUAAUAACUUUGAACAAAGACCAACCUUUGAAAAAAUUCCUCAAGAACUUCAACAAUUAAUCUCAAAAAAGCUUCCUGUAGAUCUUUCCUUACAAAUUUCAGUACCCUUAAUAUCCGAUGAUGAUUAUUGGAAAAAGUGUUGCAUGAUGCGAUGGACAUUGGGUCAAUUAGGAUCUUAUUGUCGAAAAGAUGGAAAUGACCUUUUUAUGGAAGAACAUCCUGGAUAUGUUGACGAUGUAAUGAUUAAAGGAAGUUUUAAAAGUAGAGUUAAUGCAAGAAAAAAGACGUCCAAAGCAUCAACCAUAACACCACAAGGGGACGGACAAAAAGAAAAAACAAAAACUUGGAAACAGUUAUAUCUAGAAAUCAAUUUAGAUGAAUUCUUCGAAACCAUACAACCUCAAAAAACAGUUCUCCAAGAGCUAAAAACAAUUUUUUUACAACCAAAGCCUGAAGAAAAAACCAUUCAAAAUUCCGAACUCUCUACUCUUAGAACACUCCAUCAAAUUAAACAAACUUUGAAUGAAGAAAAAACACUCAAGGAGGAGCUUACCAAUAUUUUACAAGAGCAACAAAAAAAGAAAGGAAAAAAACAAAGUCAGACAGACCAAGAAAACACAGCAGAACAGCCAGAGUCAAGCUCUUUACUGAAUAUUUCUCAUGUCACUGAACACAAAGUUGACAACAGUGUUUCAAAACACAAGUGUUUGCAUUCCCAUUUAAUGAGACCUAAUGUAAAUUAUUAUCUCCUUCAUUGUAACACUCUCACAGAAGAAGAACGAGAACAAUAUCCUAUUGAUAAAUUCAAAGCAAAGUUGAAAGAUUUGUUUGACGGAAUUCAAAGCCAAGGCACAAGCAGACUUGCAAAGAUAACAAAAGAUGAUGACAUUUUCACGUUUUAUGAAAGUGCCAUUCAAAAGAAAGAACAAAAAUUUAACAUGAGCAAUGAAUCUAAAAUGCAAUACUGGCUUUUAAAUAAGAAAGAACAACUUGAGGAAACCGAUGAAGAAGUGCAACAAAUGUUUGAAUUCAUCAGGAAGAAGAAUCAAGAGCACUUGAUGGAGCUUUGUGAGUUGUCAAAAGACUUUAUCUCUGAAAUUAACAUUCGAGGUUUAAAAGAGCACGUUGAUUUGCAAGAGUUGUUUGACGCAUUGCCGAAUCUGGAAAUAGUGAGAAUGGAAUACUCUGCAAGAAAUGUCGGUAUGACCUUUGACACUCUAAUGCUCGGAAUGAAAAAGAGAGAUUGUCAAAUGCUAGCCAAGAUUCUAAGCGAUCCAAAAAAGGCUAUCAAACUUCAUAGCUUGAUUCUUUCUGAAAAUUUAAUCGAUGAUGAGCAAACCAAAAUCAUUACCAGUGGAUUAUAUCAAAACACAAGAAUAACCUUUUUGGAUUUUUCUCACAACAAAAUUAGUGUGGAAGGUUGUAAAUCCAUUGCUGCCAUGAUGAAGUGCAACAAAUGUUUAAAGACACUUCUUUUAUCAGACAAUGAAAUUCAGACGGAUGGAGCCUUGUAUAUUGGUUCUGGAUUGAAAUUUAACAACACGCUGACAGAACUGAAUUUAAGUCUUAAUAAGAUUAGUGACAGUGGUGCUGUCUCGAUUAUUGCAAACGCUAAACACCUGUCAAGGUUAAACCUUUCAAAUAAUGUAAUUACCGAUGAAGGUGUUUUGCAUUUACUCAAAAAAUUAGAAGAAUGCAAUGAAACAAAAGAAGAUCCAUGCAUUCCAAAGGUGUUAGAUCUUUCUGGUAAUUUCAUUUCUUCUCAAACAUGCAACAAGCUCACCGAUCUUGCUGGUCCAUUCGUUGAAAGCCUUGACAUGAGACAGAAUCAAGACAUCAAAGAAAGAAUUUCUCUGUAA